CAGCCUUGCAGUUCGGAGGCUGCAGUAUGUGUGCGUGUCUCCAGAUGCAGCAGCAUGUCCUCCUCCUCCUCCUAUUGCUCACAGCUCAUUCCGGCCGGGGGGAAGCUCUCCAGGGGAACCGUCCUCUGCUUACCGGGACUUCAGAGACGAGGACAAUAGCAUCCCCCUCCGACACAGCCAGUGCAGAGAGUCCUUCAGAUAUGCAGCUCCCUUGUCUGCUCGCCCUGCCAGUCUGGGGACGCGCUGAUCAGUGGGAGACACGUACCAAAUGUCUGCUGAUGUCAGUCAGUUUGAGCCCCAGGAUGUGGUGGUAACAACCUAUAACUACCACAUGGUGAUCCACGCUGAGCAGGUGACAGAGAAUGGAACGGUCAGCAACACGUUCACCCACAAGAUGCAGCUGCCAGAGGACAUGGACCCGUUGUCAGUGUGCUGCUCCCUGAGCACGGUAGGAAUGCUGGUGAUCAGUGUGAAGAGGAACCACACAGCAGAGCCAUCACCAGUCUACCACUCCGAGAUGCAGUGCUGAGAUCCACCAGCAGGGCCCAUGUCAGGGGAUAGUGCUCACUUCACUGUACUCAGCUGCUUGAGCUAUUCAUGGAAUAGAUUUAUGUAUGUGUUUGCUGUAUAUCCACUUUUACAAAAAAAGAUGAUUGAAAAAUUAGGUUUUCAAUAAUUAGGGUCUGUAAGGUGCUGUUUAUACCAAAAAAAUUACUGUUUUGGUUUUUAAAUUAAAAACGCACCAAAAAUAAAAAAUAAGAUGUGAA